UUGAAACGUGGAAUCAGUAAUAAUUAUAAAUUAAGAAUAUAAAUGGUAGAAUCACAUAUAACUUUGGGUUAAUAUCAAUCGAUCGAAUCAACGUCGGUCGCAUCGCAUCAAUGAACUCGUCAUCAUCUCAAUCUCGCUAUGUAAAGGUUUACAAAGAGGGUAACUACAUAGGGAGGAAAAUCAAUAUCUUCGCGUUUAAUAACUACGAAAGUCUUGCAGCCGCUCUGUCUGAUAUGUUUGAUACAGCAAUUAGAUUAGACGGCGAGGGAAAUAGCUCUGUUUUUGGGAAUCAUCAUACGUUGAAGUUUUUAGAUAGAGAUGGACAUUGGAUGGUGGCCGGAGACAUCUCUUGGAACAAUUUUCUGAGUAGAGCGCAAAGAUUAAGACUUAGCAGCUCCAGGAAUCCUUAAAUCUUGGAUCAUUAUUACCACCCGAACCAUUUCACAUCUCUUCGAAUGAACCAACUAUCUAAUAUUUUCUAUUUUUAUAAAGUUAACUAAUUACUAGUAGUUUAUUUAUUUAUUUAAUUACUUAAUCUGUCCGAAGGAGAUAUUGAUUUAUCAAUUUCCCUUGGUAAUAAAUAAUAAGAUUAAUGAGGGAACUGUGAGUUCAUUAACCA